UCAGUGUACUCAGUAUGGAUCUACAACAGGUACAGUUAUAUUCUUGUAGAGGGGACUUCUAGGGGCCAGUGGUAUUGAGUAGGGCUUCCACUGUCCAGUAGUGCGUCCUCUGUCGCAAAGAGCACGUCCGUGUUUACGAAAUUUCGGCAAGUUGCGACCCCAAAAUUUGCAUACCCGACGAGCCUCCACACCCUCCCGGGUCCGUGUCGUGGUGAUUUGAGUGCCGCCGAGGGUGUUUCCGGGAUCUUGUGCCGGCGGAAUGACAGUGCAUUGAUGGGUUGACCCGGAGCAUCCAAGACUGCUCGAGGACUUAAACCGAUGACACCGUAACACACUUAUAAAUAAUUAUUCGUGUUACAAAAGAAAACGCUGCCAGUGCUCGAAUUCGGGAUGUGUUUGCGGAGGAAAAGCAAGAUUUUGCACAAACCCAAGCGGUGAUCGAAAAAACAAUAGACUCAAAAACGGAUGUGCAGUGUGUUAUUCCCACUUGUUGCGGAUAUACUUCAGUGACCGAUUUUUGUUUUACUAAUAUCGGAAUUUACCCCUUUUUGUCCGGCCUCAGCGAUGCGGACGCCCUUAUUCCCGUGCCGCGUGAACUAAGGUCGCGCGGUGGCCCCAGCCCUCAGCCUCCGUCCCCAAAUGGCAACAAUGAAAUAUCCCAACGUAUCUGGUGGCACCAACAUGGCAGUCAGCGGCAAUGGCUCUCACGUUGACGAAGUCGAUUCGCUCUUCAGCUCCACGUGUUGGCAAAACUCCAACAUCAACCUUCAAAACGACUAUUCAUUAACCCUAGACAGCUCAAUGAGCAACCUAGGGGCGGACAAGCUCCUCCUGGACUCCCCGAUCAGUCAAGACGACAACGAGAUCGAAACGGACGCUUUAGACAAACUGUUUUUAAGUUCACAACCUACUAACUCCAGUUUAGCCGAACUGAAGCCUCUGCCCCCUUUCACCGGCUACACCGCCAACCUCUCCAUCAACGGGAUCCAGGGCCACCACUACCACACGAUAUCCCAGCGGAUCCCCGAGGAGAACAACAACACCUACAACAGUUACAACGAACAGAACAUUGUCUCGAGUUCUACUUGUAAUGUGAGUGCGGACUCUGCGGGUGACUGUGCGAAAACAAUGUAUUCCGUCGACGAAGUGGUCAAGUUAGGUUACUCAGACUGUGCUAACCCUGACUCAGUGUCUAGUGCGAAAAUGUACGAGGACUGCAGCCACCCCUCCGCCGACUCAGUGACGCACAUAAAGACGGAAAUCGCCGAAUACGACAUUGCGAUAGACUUCGCCAAUAUCAUAGGCUCGGCGAUGGCCGACACCACCGUCCCCAACACCAACCCCGACGGAGACGACGCCGCCGGCUCCAGGGACAGCUGGAUGGACAUCGACGCCUUCAUCGGGGAGACCUGCGGCGAGCAAAAGAACCUCAUCAUCACCCAGGACGGCCUCUCUGAGUUUGUGAUACCUUCGACGAGUUCAGAGUACACCAAGCCCCAGCAGAUCCAGCCCCAGCAGGGCAGCUCCACCCUGCAAACGCUCCUCACACACGGAUACAUGCCCCUGCUCCAGAACCGGCUCCAGAACGGCCCCCCUAUCAAACAAGAGGCCCCCAGCUCGACCAACUUUGGCAGCGACCUGAUCACGACGUCCAGUCCGCCAGCGAACGUCGUCUCCACCACCGACAACCUCCUGUUGACGGUCAACGGCCGCUUCAUGCCCCAGUACGGGGUGCACAGCCUGGACCAGGACCACAGAAUCAGGAGUCCCGACCUCCUCGGCCAGAACUACCCCCACACCACCACCACCAACACCCCCAACGCCCCCAAGAAGUCGAGGAGUCGGGCGCAGAAAAAACAAGCGCAGCAAGCCACCUCGACGGUGUUCCAAAACGAACAGAAUUUAGGUUUGUUGGGCAAAGAGAAGCCGGUUCAUAGAUGUACUAUUUGUAAUCGGGGCUUCCUCAACAAGUCCAAUAUUAAGGUGCAUUUGAGGACUCACACGGGGGAGAAACCUUUUAGAUGCGAUACUUGCGCCAAGGCCUUUCGGCAAAAAGCACACUUGCUGAAACAUCAGCAGAUACACAAGAGGAUCGGACGCGAUUGAUUCUUGUAGGGUUUGGGCGAAGGUAAGGAGUCUUGUUUAGCGCAUGACAUCGUGUCAUGAUGUCACUGAGCCCCACAACACUUCUUAUUAUUGCACUUCGCCAACUUAGGUCAGGCCAAUGAGCAAAAAUUUGGAGGAAACUUCUCAGGUUCUCGUUUCUUGCCAUUUUGCAACGUUUAAAGCGAUUAAUUAAGAGUUUAAGUUUGAACGGUACUGAGAAUGGAAAGCGAAAUGACACUGAAUUUUACGAAAAAUAGCAAACAAUACAAUAAUUGGGUGUCGCUCCUAAAUUAAACCAGUUCACACUCAGCUAUUAUCCCAUUUUAAAUAUUUGUUACGGACUGGUACCUUCAGUAGUUUUGUAUGAAAUACAAAUGCAUGAAAAAAAUCCGUGCCGUUUUAAAAUGAAAUAAACAAUUUCUAAACAAAUAGAUAAUAACUGAGCUAUGAGCUCAUUUGAAUUAGGGGCAACUUCGAAUUGUUGGCUAUUUUUCCUAAAAAUUUCACCCGGCGGCCGUUCCCGGUACAGUUCGGCUUUAUGAGGAGAUCCCGAAACUACAUUGCGCUGCGUGACACUGUUCCACUUCACCAUGCCCUCUGCUGGUACACAAUCUAACCUUCAAGUUGUGCUACUAUAAUUUUAUGAAAUUCACAUUUUUCGUUCCAUGAUUUAUGCUCGUGAAAGUCAUGCUUGGUUUGUUCGUUUUGUAUUUUUGCUGGUUGGCCCGUCGAUUCCAAACGUGCUAUAAAAAAGGUACCUCAUAUUUAACAAAAUGUAUAUUCCUAUUAAUGGACAAUGUGCAAUUUCAUCUAGUGAGCCGGUGCAAACAACAACGAAUCUAAGUUCUAUAGGAAUAUCACAGUUCACUCUUUGGUGGCUUUCUUUGUCCUAUUUUUAUUAUUUAUUUGUAUUAUUACGUUUUGCGCAUUGUUGUGGUAUAUGUUUUUAUUUAUUUUAAACUUGUAUUAUAAUGUCUCGUUUUCUGUCUUAACCCCUGCCUUCUCACACGUUCUAUUUAUUUAUAUUAACCUUAUUUUGUUGUUUUCUUUGUUGUAUUUAGUCGGUUGAUGUAAAAUUCGUUCAAGAUUUCUCAGGUCCUCUUUUUAAUGCACUUCUUGUGAUAAAAAAUAAAAUACUUAAUAUUUAAGUAAUAAUUAAGUAUUUGUAUUUUUACAAAAUAUUUAAUUGUAUCGUGUAAAUCUUUGAUUGAUUGUACCUAGGAAAGUUUUAAUUAAGGCAGAAUUCACAACGAAUCCUAUUGUAAAUUGUGUAAUUAUGUGUAGUCCCCUUUUCCUAUUUAUUACUCGUUGCUUCUGCCCUUUCGUAAGAACAAAGCGUCUUCCUGGACCAACGUAUAAUAGAUCUCAGUUUUUCUAACACAAAAGUUGCUUUGCACCUAGCAAUUGUGAUUUCAGUUUUGUCACAUGUUGUCGCUACGUACGAAAACUCCCCGACGUAGUACUGAAACGUAAGUUUUAUUAAACAUAGUUUGAUUAUGUGAUAAUCAGAAAAUAAGUAAAAAUACUUGUAAUUUAUAAAUAACACAUAGCUUGACGACAAAUAAAUUUUUGUAUGUAUCUAGGAUAAGUGCAGUAAACAAAUAGUUUUAGGUAGCCCCUUAGACACUUAAAUUAAUUAUUGUUAUUAUUUUAUUGUUGAUUAUAUUAAUAAGUAUGUUGUAUUAUGAACACCAUUAUUUUUAAUAUGAAAAAUUCUUUAAAAA